AUGGCUGAACAAAGAACACUAAGGCAGCUUGCUGCUCCUGAUGUCAAUUACAAUGGUCUAUGCAUUCAAUAUACUGACGUUGAUAUUCCUUUUGAAUUGAAAUCUGGUUUGAUACAUUUGUUGCCCAAGUUUCAUGGUCUUGCAGGUGAGGAUCCGCAUAAGCAUUUGAAGGAAUUUCAGGUAGUUUGCUCCACACCAUUGAGGCCCGAAGGUAUCACGGAAGACCACAUCAAGUUGAGAGCCUUUCCAUUCUCAUUACAAGGUGCUGCUAAAGACUGGCUCUACUACCUUGAGCCAAAUUCUGUUUCAACUUGGAAUGAUCUGAAGAAGGUCUUUCUAGAGAGAUACUUUCCCGCUUCUAGAGCAGCAUCAAUCAGAAAAGAAAUAUGCGGCAUUGGGCAAGGAAACGAAUCAUUGGCAGAGUACUGGGAAAGAUUCAAACAUCUAGUUUCCAGUUGUCCCCAACACCAGAUCACCGAGCAAUUACUCAUCCAAUAUUUCUAUGAAGGGUUGCUACCAAUGGAUCGAAACAUUUUGGAUGCUGCAAGUGGUGGAGCACUUGUUGAUAAAACUCCAGCUGCUGCAAAGGCCUUGAUCGAAAACAUGUCACUCAACUCGCAACAGUUUACAACCAGAAAUAAUUCUGCAAGUGUAAAUGAGAUUCAGUCUUCCUCUUCCUCCAUCAAGGCGCUCGAAACCAAUUUUGAUGCUAGAAUUGAUGAACUUACUUCCUUGGUGAAAAAAUUGGCAGUUAGCAAAGCUCAACCAGCAAAAGUGUGUGGUAUUUGUACUUCUUCUGAGCACCCGACUGAUACAUGCCCCAUUCUACAAAAUGAAACAAUAACUGAGCUUCCUCAAGCAUAUACAGCAGCAGCCCUUUACAAUCAAAACAGGUACAACAAUCCUGACCUCUCCACCAACAAAUAUCACCCUAGUUGGAGGUAUCAUCAAAACCUCCAAUAUGGGAAUCAGUCACAAGCUGCAGCCCCUGCUGCCCCACCAGCCACUUCUUCACUGGAAGACCUUGUCAAGCAACUGGCACAACGAACAGAUGCUAGCAUUCAGAACCUGACAACGCAGAUGGGACAAAUGGCCAAUGCAAUAGGCCAACUACAAGCUCAAGGCUCGGGAAACCUUCCUGCACAAACAGUGCCGAAUCCGAAUGUGAAUGUGAGUGCAAUUACUUUGAGAUACGGAAGAGUGUCAGAACCAGCUCCAGAGAAAAAGAAGAAGAAAACCAUUGCAUCAUCAUCUGCUCCUGAACCUCCUUCUGUUACAAUUGAGACCGAACCCGAAAAAGAAAGAAUUCCUAAAUAUGCAAAAUUCCUGAAAGACUUGUGCACACACAAGAGGAAGUUGAAGGAAAAUGAGAGAGUCAGUUUGGGACGAAAUGUUUCUGCUUUCAUUCAGCCCAAAACUGGUUCCUCAGCUAAUGUCUCAGUUAUCAGUCAGACCAUGCCAGAAAAGUGUGAUGAUCCAGGAGUUUUUGCUAUUCCCUGUUCCAUUGGGGAUCGCAAGUUUGAAAAUUGUAUGCUUGAUCUGGGAGCAGGUAUUAAUGUUAUGCCUACUUCUAUUUAUAAUAACCUUGAUCUUGGUCCUUUGCAGUCUACAGGUUUAAUCGUGCAAUUAGCAAAUAGGAGCAAUGCCCGCCCUGCUGGGAAGGUAGAAGAUGUCCUAGUUCAAGUUAAUGACUUGAUUCUUCCUGCAGAUUUCUACAUUCUAGACAUGGAGGGCGAAACUAAUUCCAGUAGGGCACCCAUCAUUCUAGGCCGACCAUUCAUGAGAACGGCAAGAACAAAAGUUGAUGUUUAUGAUGGAACCAUGUCCAUGGAGUUUGGCGACAUUGUCGCUAAGUUUAACAUUUUUGAUGCCAUGAAACAUCCCGUGGAAGAACAUUCUGUUUUUUAUAUGGAUUUAGUUACUAACACUAACCUUUGCUCUGUUUGUGCUAAGAUUGAAUCUGAUUUGCAGGAUAAUAACAUUCAUACAGGUGAAGUUGUUGUCAAUGAGGCGGUCUGUACGGUUAAAGUUCUUGACAUUCCGGCUGCCCCAACCAAACACUCCCAUGAUAAAGAAAAGACUACGCACUUCCAUGAUAAGAUGAUUUCCAAAAAGAAAUUUUUUGUUGGCCAAAAAGUCUUGCUGUUUAAGUCUCGCCUGAAAGAUAUGGUUGGUAAGUUUCGAUCCAAGUGGAUUGGCCCCUUUGUCGUGACUAAUGUUUUUCCUUCUAGUGCUAUAGAAAUUAAAAGUACAGGUACUGGCAAGAUAAUUCUUGAAGAAGAGGAUGUUUUUGAUACUUUUACUGAAGCAACCAUGUUGGUUUCAUGGAUUAUGGAUAAUCACAUUAGUUCUUUAAAAAGUCGUAGCAUUCGACAUUUUUCAGAGAGCUGUGAAAUGGGGGAUGCUAUGGUGUGGUAG